AUAUAUAAACCAAGUCCUCUUCUUCUUCUUUUCCGCCUGCUCCCAGCAUUGCGUUACCCUCCCAUCUCCUCUCCGCUACCAGAAAGAGAGAGAGAAAUAUACAAAAACGCGAGAGGUUACUCCAAAACCAGACGCAAUCUCAUCACAUAUGCAUGUUUGAUUGUUCCAGUUGAGAAGAAAGAAGAGAUGAAGAGAGAUAGAGAAACGAGAACCAAUAAGGGGGGAUUAACCACAAGUGACGCCCUGCAUUACCUCAGAACUGUGAGGACCAUUUUUCAUGACAAUGUAGGCAAGUAUGAGACUUUCCUUGAGAUCAUGAGGGACUUUAAAGCUCAGAGAGUCGACACUGCUGGUGUCAUAGAUAGAAUUAAAGAUUUGUUCAGGGGGUACAACGACCUACUCUUGGGUUUUAAUACUUUCUUGCCCAAAGACCAUACAAUAACCCUUUCCCCUGAGGAAGAGAAGCCUAAGACCAAGGUGGAUUUCAAAGAUGCUAUCAGUUUUGUCACCAAGAUCAAGGCGAGGUUCGGUGGUGAUGAACAUGCCUAUAAAAGUUUUCUAGACAUCUUGAACAUGUACCGAAAGGACAAAAAGUCCAUCACUGAUGUCUACAAAGAGGUUACUUUGCUGUUCAAGGGUCAUGAAGAUCUGCUGGUGGAGUUCGUUAAUUUCUUACCUAGCUGUUCAGAAUCUACUUCUGGGAAGAAUGCAGCACCGCUCCAGAAGAGAAUAAAACGAGAGCGUAAGGUCGAAGAUGAGUCUGAACACUCUGACCAACGCGAAGAUGGUGACGAGAACCUUGUCGCUUUCCCCGCUGACUCCCUUGUUAAAAAAGAAGGCCAUCGAAGCCAUUUGAAGGCGGAGGACAAUGGGGGAACUCGAGAUCAUGAAGAGAGUGAAAGAGAUACAGAUAGAACUGACAAAAGUGCAGCGGCUGGCAGUAAUGAUAUUGGAAAUCAAAAGAGUCCACUAUCUGCUUCAAAGUAUGUGGGAACACCUAUAAAUGAACUUGAUCUUUCCGAGUGCGUUCAGUGUACACCAAGUUAUCGGCGCCUUCCAAAGGAUUAUCCAGUUGAGAUUCCAAGGUACAGAAAUGCACUUGGUAAAAAGAUACUUAAUGACCACCUAGUAUCCGUCACCUCAGGGAGUGAAGAUUACUCGUUCAGUCAUAUGCGCAAAAACCAGUACGAGGAAAGCUUGUUUCGGUGUGAGGAUGACAGGUAUGAGAUGGACAUGUUACUAGGAUCCGUAAGUUCAGCUAUCAUACACGUGGAGAUUCUUCUGGAAAAGAUCAACAGCAAUUCAAUCUCAACGGACACUACGAUAUGCAUUGAAAAGCACUUAUCAGCUAUGAACUUACGAUGCAUUGAGCGUUUAUACGGUGAUAAUGGGCUUGAUGUCAUGGAUCUUCUGAAGAAGAAUAUGCAUAGCGCUUUACCGGUGAUACUAACGCGCUUGAAGCAGAAGCAAGAAGAAUGGGCAAGGUGCCACUCUGAUUUUCAGAAAGUUUGGGCUGAAGUGUAUGCCAAGAAUCACCAUAAGUCACUGGAUCAUCGUAGUUUCUAUUUCAAGCAGCAGGACGCCAAGAACUUGAGCACAAAAUAUUUAGUGGCAGAGAUAAAAGAUAUCAGCGAGAAAAAGCAUCAAGAAGAUCUGCUUCAAGCUAUCUCUGUCAGAACUAUACCUUCAUUUACUCCAGACUUGGAGUUCAACUAUUGUGAUACACAAAUUCAUGAAGAGCUGUAUCUGUUAAUCAAGUACUACUGUGAAGAAUUGUGUGCGACGGAACAAGCAGAUAGGGUAAUGAAGCUGUGGACAACCUUUUUGGAGCCCAUGUUCGGCAUUCUUUCGAGGAAUCAAGGUAACCUGGCGAUGGACGAGAAGUUAAAAAGCAACAACGAAGAAUUGCAUGAUGCAAGUGUUGCAGUGAAGGACAGCGCUUCUGGGUCGAACCGUAAACAUCCUAGAUCACAGGAAAAGCUGAAGAAGAAUAAGCCAGCAGUGCAAGGCAGCUCUCCUGUGAAAGAUGUGUCUACCAGUAUAGUGAAAACAGUUAAGCACGAUAAACUGCAAGAUGAUGAAGCUAUGGCUAAUGAGGUUAUCCAGUCGUUCAAGCAGGUGUCCCCAAGAAACGACCAGAUAACUGAAAAUGUAGAGGUUCGCAAGGUGAACGAAGUAUCAGCCGAAAAGCAUGAGGUUGAGCGAGAAGAGGGUGAGUUAUCUCCCACCGGCAAUAGUGAGGUGGCUAAUGGACCCGAAGGUGAAGAUCGAUCCUUCGCAUUUUCAGAAAGGUUUCUGAAAACUGUAAAACCUGUUGCCAAGCAUGUGCAUGGGCCAUUGAAAGCUAGUGAAACUGGCUCUCAGAAUGAUUCUCGAGUUUUCUACGGGAAUGAUUCCUGUUAUGUUCUAUUUAGGCUUCAUCAGAUGUUGUACGAGAGGAUGCAAUCAGCAAAGAAACAGGCAGAAAAGAAGGGGAAGGCUCCAGAUAACACAACUCCUGAUCCUUAUUCAAGGUUCAUGGAUGCACUCUUUAAUUUACUUGACGGCUCUAGUGACAAUACAAAGUAUGAAGAUGAGUGCCGCUCUGCUUUUGGAGCACAGUCAUAUGUUCUUUUCACAUUGGACAAGCUAGUUCAGAAGCUUGUUAAGCAUCUCCAUGCGGUUGCAGCUGAUGAGACAGACACCAAGCUUGUUCAACUAUACGCAUAUGAGAACUGCAGAAAAAAGGGAAGAUUCCUUGAUCCAUUGUAUCAUGACAAUGCACGUGCCCUUCUCCAUGAGGCAAACAUAUACCGGAUCAGAUAUUCGUCGACAAAAGCCAGUCUCUCAAUUCAGCUUAUGAACAGUCAUCCUGAAGUAACAGGUGCAGCGAUGGAGCCAGGUUUUGCCGAAUAUCUACAAAAUAAUUAUCUGACAUCCGUCAAUGAUGAAGAGAAUCACGGAGUGUUUCUGAAAAGGAACAAGGAGAAACUCAUCGGUAUAGAUGAAUCUUCGGGGAAGCUUGCUGCAAUGGAAGGAUUAAAUGUUAUAAAUGGGAUCGAAUUCAAGAUGGCUUGCAGUACUUCGAAGGUGAAGUAUAUAGCAAACACGUCAGAUCUUUUGUACAGAAGCAAGCAGAGGAAAGAGAAUCCAGUGGGACAGAGGCUUAAAAGAGUGAGCGAAAUCUCAAAGCAGAGGAGAAUAUCGCGGUUUCACAUUAUGCUCAACUGCAAAAUUAUGUCCUUGCCGUCUCUAUAAAACUCGUGGCUAGCGUUGAGGUUCUUAGUUGCAAAGGUUCUUUGACUCUUAGAGAUUGUGCAAAGGUUUGGUGGUGUGUAGUAUGAUCAUAUCAUCAUAUGGCUCACGCCACCUUUUUUUUUGUUUCCUCCAGUUUUGGACCUUUUGGUGUAUAGUUCUUAUCAGAAUAUAUAUUGUAUGAUACAAAAGUUUGCAACAUCGGGGAGUCGUAUUUUCUUCAAUCAACAAGUACUUCAUUUCA